UGGGAUACCUGCGGCCAUCAUGGCGGAUGAGCUAGCUGGUUAGCACAAGUGGUGAUCGAUUGUCUGAGUUCGCACACGUUACUACUGCAAUAUUUGAUGUUCCCAGCACGUGGACUGCUAUUACGGGACACCCGACAGUUUUGAAGGCUGCGCACGUUUACAAGGCUCAUUCAGAAGCUGGCUGACACAACCAUGGAAUGUGCUGUGGACGUACCUGCUGGAGAGGAUGAAGCACCAGCAAAGGAUGAGGUGAACGCUAAGGAAGGAAGUGAACCACACAAGAAGAACAAGAAGCACAAGAAACACAAGAGCAAGAAAAAGAAGAGGAGAAGGAAGGGGGAAAAGGAUAGCAGCUCAGAGUCUGACGCGGAGUCUGAGAUGGAGCCGCCAAAACCUGUUCGUACAACUCGAGCCAGUGCCAGGCUUGCAGCAGCAAAAGGAGAGCUUCAGCAAAAGGAAGAUGGCAAAAAGGAUGGAAUUACAGGGGGCGAACUCGAAGCAAAAUCAAAGAAAGCCAAGAAGCAUGCUGCAAAGAAGAAGAAAAAGAAGAGGAAAAAAGAUGGGAAGAAAUCUCCAUCUCCCUCACUGUCAGAAAGCAGCUCAGCUUCAGGGUCUGAGUCUGACGGAGAGGGUGCGAAAGGGACGGCAGAUAUCAAAGCCUCUCCAGCUACAGCUCCUGAUCUACAAGAACCAAUAUCAAAAUUGGCAACAAAAGGUCCACAAGGCGUGGAGAAUGAUGGUCCCAGCAUCACACACAGCACUGAACCUCUCUGUGAGAAGGAACCAAUAGCUUCAGACAUUUCUCCAAAGCAAGAAUAUACAGUGAACACCAAUGGAUCAGAAAAGGAUGUGGUCUUGCCUUCAGGGGACCGUGAAGUCUCACAGGCUGCUGUUGAUAAGACAGAGGGAGGUCUAGCAGAUGGUGCAUUCUCAGUUGCCCAAGAACUUCCGGAUAUUAUUCCUAAACAGGAGGCGACUACUCCGAGGGAUGAUCCAAUCCAGAAAGACCAAUCCAAUUCAGUUCAAAUGACUAAUGUGAAUGACAAUUCUCAGCUACAGUCUGUGUCCCCUUCAAAGAUGCCAGAAGUGAAGAGCUCUCCUGCAACAUCAUCAAGUCCCCCUAAUCAGGAGCCUGAGGAUCGAAUUGCAGUCCCAGUGGACCAGUCUGAAAAUUGCCCUACAUCAUUGGAAAAACUCCCAGUUACACCUCUGAAAAGUGAGGAACAAGCUCGCUCUUUAUCUCGUUCUAAGUCUCCGGCGCCUAAGAAGAAGUCACCCUCGCCACCUGUGUCGCGGGGAAAAGCUGUUGGUCACUCAAGAUCUCCUUCCCCUUCACCCAAGAAAAAGGCGUCAAAGUCCCCCAGGAAGUCCAAGAGUCCUAAACGUCGGAGAGAAUCUUUGUCUGUUUCCCCUAAACGGCACCGAACUCCCCACAGCUACAAAAGAAAGUCUUCCAGAUCACCCAAGCGUAGUGCACGUAGGUCCCGAUCUGUUUCCAAGUCUCCAGGGAGAAAUCGUAGGUCUAGGUCACGAUCCCGUGGUGGCCCCAGAGGUUCUCGGAACAGGUCACCACGACGUGGGGGUGCAGCAAGCAGGCGUUCAAGGUCACGUUCAGUCAGAGCUCGACGCUCAAGUUCCAGAUCCAGGCGCCCACUUCGUCGCUCAAGGUCGAGGUCGCCAGCAAGACGAGGCGGUGGUAGGCGCUCAAGGAGUCACUCAUUGUCUCGUCGCAGAAAGUCCCCGCCUCCCAGAUCUCGUCGAUCUCGAUCUCGCUCAGCACGGAGAAGCAGGAGAACACGUUCCCGUUCCAUAAAACGCGGCAGACGCUCAAGAUCCAGAACUUCCCGCAAACGGACCAAAUCUAGAUCACCGCCACCUCGACGUCGCUCAAAAUCCAGAUCGCCACCACCUAGGCGUCGGUCAAAAUCUAGGUCGCCUGCCAGAAGACGGUCCCGUACCCCCCCAAGAAAACGUUGGACCCCACCAAGGUCAAGCAAUCGUUCUAAAUCUCGUUCCUUGUCUCGAAGGCACCGGUCAAAGACGCGCUCACCGGUAUCUAUCAGAAAGAGGUCCAAAUCUCCAGAGAAGAGUAGGAGAAGGUCAAAGUCUAAAUCUGUCUCUGCUGGCCCUCACAGAUCAAAGUCAAGAUCUGUGUCAGGUGGCAGGUCUCAUAGGUCAUCUCCUGCCAAAUGUCCUUCUCCCUCUUCAGUCAAGGUAACAGCACCCUCUACUGAUAUCAAGCAAGAACCUGGUGGCACAGCAGAGCCAAAGAUCACAAGUCUGGGUGGAUGGAAGCCUGUGCCCUUCGCAGCCUCUUCGGUUGUGCAGCCACAAGAGCCUCAGGUGGCACCUCAAGUCUAUCCUGAGGCGGAGGCGCAAACGUAUCCUCAGGCGAAGGCGCAAACGUAUCCUCAGGCGGAGGCGCAAACGUAUUCCCAGGCGGAGGCGCAAACGUAUCCCCAGGCGGAGGCUCAAACGUAUCCUCAGGCGGAGGCUCAAACGUAUCCUCAGGCGGAGGCACAAACGUAUCCUCAAGCGGAGGUGGCGGCUUAUCCUCAGGCGGAGGCUCAAACGUAUCCUCAAGCAGAGGUGGCGACGUAUCCUCAGGCGGAGGCUCUAACGUAUCCUCAAGCAGAGGUGGCGACGUAUCCUCAGGCGGAGGCUCAAACGUAUCCUCAAGCAGAGGUGGCGACGUAUCCUCAGGCGGAGGCUCAAGCGUAUCCUCAAGCAGAGGUGGCGACGUAUCCUCAGACGGAGGCUCAAGCGUAUCCUCAAGCAGAGGUGGCGACGUAUCCUCAGGCGGAGGCUCAAGCGUAUCCUCAGGCGGAGGCGCAAAUGUAUCCUCAGGCGGAGGUGCAGACGUAUCCUCAGGCGGAGGCUCAAACGUAUCCUCAGGCGGAGGCACAGGCAUAUCCUCAAGCCCAGGCUCCAAUGUAUCCUCAGACGGACCCUCAAAUGUAUCCUCAGAUGGAUCCUCAAAUGUAUCCACACAUGGCUCCCCAAAUGUAUCCGGAGAUGAAUCCUCAGAUGGCUCCUCAAAUGCAUCCCCACAUGGAAGCUCAGAUCCAUCCUCAGGUGGAACCUCAGGUUAUUCCAUUGGGCUAUAACCAAGAGGUCACUGAUCCUGCUGACCCAUCCCAUGAAGAGCUUCAACCAAGCAUGGAGUCUGCUGUUCGUCCAGAGAAGUCGGAGCAUUCGGUGGGCUCAGACGAAGAGAUGGAAUUGCCCUCACCACUGAAAUUGGAAUCCCGGCGACGGAAGAGUUCCUCUAGAUCUGCAUCUCCAGAAAAGGUGAAACAACCACCUGUCCGUCGAUCACGCUCAAAUUCCUCAACACGAAGAGCUGAUUCGAAGUCCAAAUCCAGAAGGAGGUCGUCCAGGUCCCCACCCAGGAAGAGAGAGUCUGUGUCCCCAUCGGAAAGGAAGAAGCGUAAAUCUAAAUCCAGAAGUCCUGCCCGACGGCGGAAGGCCAGCCCUCGCCGGAAACGCUCACGAUCUAAGUCACGGACAAGGGCACGAAGAUCCAAGAGUCGCUCACCGGCCCGGAAGAGGCGCAGUCGCUCCCGUACGCCCACCAGCCGCACCAGAAGAAGGUCCAGAUCCCCCGACAGAGCCAAGCGAUCAAAGAGUCGCUCCCCUGGCCGAAAGAAAAGGUCGCGGUCAGGUGACCGAGGUAGGCGGUCCAGGUCCCGUUCCUCUGACCGGCGCCGAAGGUCCAGAUCUAGGGGUCGAGGAAGGCGUCCCGCGUUCCGUAGUCGCUCAUUCGACCGACGGGACAGAUGGAAAAGGGAACCCAGCCACUCCCCAGUUCUCAUUCUACGCAAACAGCGUCGCUCAGGAUCGAGGACACGCCGCAGUCCGAGCAAGACACCACCACGCAUAACUGAACUGGAUAAAGACCAGUUGCUGGAGAUCGCCAAGGCCAAUGCAGCAGCCAUGUGUGCUAAAGCUGGCGUGCCAAUUCCUGAGGCCCUCAGGCCAAAAGCCAUCCUCCAGCUUCCUCUCCCGACCCCGUCUCCUUCCCCACUCUCCCUGCCUUUGCCUUUACCUCUCUCGAUGGGCAUGGGGAUGCCCAGCAUGGGUCCAAUGGGGUUACCGGCGAUUCCUGGGAUGCCAACAAUGUCAAACAUCACAAUGAGUGCUGCGAUGGCAAGUAUGACUGCAGCCACGAUGACUGCAGCCUUGAGCAACAUGGGUGCCCUCGCAGCCAUGUCUCCCCUGGCCCCUCUUCCUUCCAUCACCAACAAGCCGCCGCCCUCCUACUCCGCCCCCCCCAUCGCAUCCGUCAACCUGGACCACAUUGAGGAGGCAAAGAGGAAGGUCACUCAUCAAGCCAACAUACAUACCAUAAAGGAGCUCACUGAGAAGUGUAAGAUGAUUGCGAACAGCAAGGAGGAGAUGGCGAUCGCUCGACCCCACGUCUCCGAUGAUGAAAGCUAAAUCAUCACAGUCGACAUGUUCCUGUUAGAGAGCCAGAUGACGCAGCUGAGCCUCUACAGAGGAGACGACGACGAUGACCACCCUCAUUGUCACUUUAAAUCAUUGGGACAGACUGUGGACGCGGACCCUUUUUUCCCCUCCGUCGCCGGUUGUGCGGCAGAGACGCCCGGUCACCUCUGAUACCACUGAAGAGAAACGGACAAAUGAGCUUGUGCACAGUGUGAAUGAUUGUACGUCGUAAUUUUCACCACCAACCCGUCGGUGUUGCUGAUAUUCGAGCAAUUCACUUGUGUAAAAACCCGAAAGGAAACCAAACUAGUGAUGUUAGAGCUUUUAUAAAAGAUUAGUUUGUUUUUACAUUUCUGCUUUCUCGAAGGUUUAUGUUCCGUGCUCUGCUGUAAUUCCACUUUUUUUCUUAUUGUAAUCCAGAUCGAUUGUUGAUUCAGCCCCAGCUACAGGCGUUUUCAUGUGACCACUUUCACCAAUAGGAAAUACCAGGAUUGCUUGGUGGCAGAUUGAGUUUGAGCUCAGAUGGACCCAGCUGAAGUGCUGCAGUGAGGGCAAGCUUUUUUUUCUUGUCAUCCUGGCGAAGGACUCUUGAAAGCUCAAGAUAGUUGAAGGAAAAACCGCCACGUUCUCACGCUAUUUUCCAAAGUGGUGGAUCGUUAUUUCUGAAAAACAAAUGCGUUUCACCUUUAGGGACCUUGCUACCCCUUAAAAAGAAACUUGCAGACCAUUAGCUUCAAGAUAAGUUGACAUUGGAUUUGUUGUUGUCCAACAUUGGAGCAUUAGACAAUCACUCUCUGUUCUGAAGUUGGGCGCAAGGUGGAGUCUUGGGUUGAGCUGGACGUCUGAGAAGAUGAAGACUCCUGUGUGGAAGGUUUUGUUGGAUAAAUGCUCCACUCUUUCUCUGCCAAACAUCCUGGUCUGUGGAAAAUCCCUGUAGGUCGUCUUUAGCUGUUUUAAUGAUGAGAAAAAAAACCGUUUUAUUUUAAUUUUUUUUGUCCUUUGACCUCGCUUGCUCUGUACAUAACGGUGUUCAUUAUUAAAAUCUUCAAUGA